AUGGCGGAGAACGCCGAGAAGCCGGCCGAGAAGCCGGAGGAGAAGACUGAAGAGAAAACGGAAGCGAAGCCGGAAGAGCAGGCCAAGUCUGAGGGGGCGCCUGCCGAGAAACGAAAGGAGGGAGGAGCGGAGCCGGAUGCCAAACGCCUGAAGCCGACACCCCCCGAUCCGGCAGUAGUUCGCAAGCAGGUUGAGUAUUACCUGAGCGACGAGAACCUCAAGUACGACAAGUUCUUCCAUGACAAGAUUUCAGCGAAUGCGGACGGAUGGCUCGACAUGAGCUUCAUCCUGAGCUGCAACAAGAUGAAGUCUAUGCGUGCUGGCAAGGACGACGUGAUAGCUGCACUGAAAGAGUCCAAAAUUGAGCUCAACGUCAACGAGGGCACUGCCGCCGUCCGCAGACCGGGCAAUGCGGCGCUGCCGAAGCUGGAAGCGAGGCCGAGCCAUCCCCAGAAGAAGAACUCCAUUCACGCGCAUGAUGGUGGAGUCGUGGCGAUCUUCCGCAACGUUCCGGAGGAGCAGCAGUGGACACAGGUCAAGGCAGCCGUUCAGGAAAAGCUUCCUGCCAAAGUCAACUUGUGGCACGUCAGCCAGGUCAACGACAAGAACGAAUGCACCUUGGCUUGCGCUCCUUUCGACGGCGACGUGCCCUUCUUCGAAAGCCUCCAAAUUGAGCUUGCUGGCGCCUCAUUGAAAUGCGAGGUUUGCUUUGCCGACGUUCUGCAGAAGGCACUGAAGGACAUGCCGAAGCACAUCAGGGACAAGAGGGAGAGGGAGUCGCGCAAGAGGCAGAAGGAGCGCAACCGCCCGAUCAAGCUGGGCACCUGCCAUUUCAACAAUGUGGCGAUGCUGCGAGGGCGAGUCAAAGAGAUCCUCAACUCGCGCAGCGAUGGGGAGCAGCUGAAACCCGACGGAAGCGACUUCAAGCUCAUCAAGAGCCUGCUCGAGUUCCAUCCCAGUGGAGCAGGGAAGAGCGCGGGCCUGGUCGGCAUCAAGGUCGGCAAGAGCCAGCAGGGCGACAGCCGCUGCUUUUACAUGAUCAAGGAGGGCGGCAAGGAGGAGGACUUCAGUGCAAAGAAGUGCCUGGAUGCUGUUGAGCAGAAGCCUCCUUACGUGCAGCCGGAAGAGAAGUCAGCAGGUGACAAGAGAGGCCAGGCAAAGGCAGCUCCAAAAGGAGCCGCUUCGAAGCCGGAGGCCAAAGAGAAGGAGGAGAAGCCCGCCGAGCCGGCAGACAAGGCCGAAGAGAAAGCAGAGGAGAAGAAGGAAGAAAAGGCAGAAGCCAAGGGGGACAAUGCCGAGAAGGUAGAAGAGAAGAAGUCCGAGUAA